AUUAUUGGAAGCCUUCCCUCCUGUAUUGAACGUUGCGCCAAAACAAUCCGACCAUGGACGCCGUCAACACAGCACAUGUUGGGGAUACACCCAUCACGUGCGUCAACAUGCACACUACUGGCGAGCCUACUCGUAUCAUCAUCUCCGGCUACCCCGAUCUUAGCGGCACGCUGUUGGAGCAACGGGUCGAAGCCAGGGCAAAGCACGACCACAUACGCAAGCGGUUGAUGUUGGAGCCUGCCGGCCAUGCAGACAUGUACGGGGCUAUAUUGAUAAAAGAGACGGAGCUCACUAAGUCUGGUGAAGCACACGUAGGAGUUCUUUUCCUGACCAAUGAAGGUUAUAGCACGAUGUGUGGACAUGCAACUAUUGCCCUCGGCCGGUUGCUUGUUGAUACACAGGAUCUCAGUGUCUUCCCACGUCGAAAAGAUGUGCAACAUGAUCCUCACACAAAGACGGCUGUUGUCAAUCUCCAUGCUCCGUGUGGACUCGUCCGAAUAACUGUUCCCACCACCGAAGACGGAACUCAAUCUGAUCCAACGCGUCCGGUGACGUUUGUGAAUGUUCCAUCUUUCGCCACGGGCAAAGAUAUCAGAGUGGAUGUCCCUGACGCCGAUGUCUGGCCGGAACUGGGGCAACGGGGACAUGUCAAAGUUUCGUUCUGCUACGGUGGGGCGUUCACAUGUCUUGUUUCAGUAGAAGAGCUGGGGUUCGACAAUUUGAGGCAGCCGCUUGAUCAUUCAGCGUUGACCUUCGCGACUCGCAAUCUGAAGAGCAUUGUCAAUCGCGAACAUCAGUACCAAAAGUAUAUCACCCACCCUGAACACAACGAUCUCAGCUCGGUUUAUACCCUCAUUGUAGUAGACAAGAGUUUGGGCAAACCAAUCGGAAAUUCGAAAGGUGCAGAGACUGGGCUCUGCUACUUCGCGGAUCAGCAGAUUGAUCGCUCGCCGACUGGUAGUGCAACUGCCGCAAGGGUAGCUUUCGCUUUCGCUACUGGUGACUUGGCUCUCGGGGAAUCAUGGACUUAUCAUUCCUUGGUAUCGAACGCGUCAAACGGGCAAGGCGGGUUCGUGGGCACGGUCUUGGAAACUAUUCCUGAGUUGUACGACGAAGAGACAAUGCUCGCACAACCGGUGUGCGUAAGGGUGUCAGGCCAGGCCUUCUACGUCGGAUCGAGUACUUACGUCUCGGAAACUGAAGAUCCGUUCGGGAGAGGUGGUUUCCUC